AUGUCCGGACCCGCUAUGGAGAACCACAGCCUAUCGGAAGAUAGCAUCUACCUUCUGAGUCGAGACGCCGCCGAAACAGAGCGCUUGAACAAACAGCAUCAUUUUCUUACCGCUCUCCUCGGGAGUAACCUGAUCCAUCCGUCUAUCCCUAAGAACUCGAUCUUGGCUGUUGCGGAUCUGGGCACGGGAACGGGAAUCUGGCUUGAAGAGCUCGCCAAAAACCUCCCUGCCGUAUCGCCACUCGAUUUACAGGGCUUCGACAUCUCGCCCAGCCAAUUCCCUCCUAGCCAUGAACUCCACGGUCCAAGAAAUGAAAGAAUACCGCUGGCAGUACACGAUUCUCUGAAACCAUAUCCAUCUGAGCAUCAAGGCAGAUAUGACCUGGUGCACAUUCGACUUCUCACAGCUGGCUUGAAACGAGAUGACUAUGCCACUGUACUCAAGAAUGCGCGAGACUUGCUGAAGCCCCAUGGCUACAUUCAAUGGGAAGAGGUCGACGAAACGGCAUUUUGUACCGACAAGGUACCCGAGCUGCCUGCAAUUACCCAGAUACGACAGAGCGUCAUCAAAGCGAUGCUCGCAAUGGGCUUAUCACCAUUUGCGCCUAAGCGUGUUCAUGAAGAGAUCUCAAAAGGAGGAUUUGAGAAUAUCCGUUGCGAAACAUAUACUGUUGCAGGGAGGGAGGAUCUGCGCCAAGUGGCGACAAAAUGGGUGGUUAAUGUCAUGCAGGCACUGCUGACACCAGCUCUGAUGAUCACUGGCGAGGCAAAAAAUAAAGAUGAAGCAGAAGAUAAAGUCGAGGCAUUGGUCGAUGAAUUCGAAAUGCAUUGCGAGAAUGCGCUGCCGUUGAUCAAUUUCAGCAUUGUCGUUGCGCAGCGGCUCGAUUAA